AUAGUUCAAAUGUGUAUAUACAUACAUAUAUAAAUAUAAAAUUAUGUCGGGACCCAAAUUUGUAUGUAUAUAAAUCAUCGCAAAACCUUGUUAAAUGUUCAGCAUCUUACAUAAAUCAUUGCAAAACCUAAGUUUCUCUUCUCACUUUGUGAUAAAGAUAAGAUGAGCAAGAAAAAGGAGACGAAGCUAAGCAAGUACAUAAAAGUUCCCAUAAAGAUGCUGGUCAAAGCUAGAGACUUGUACAUACAAAGCAUGAAUCAAUGGUCUUCCCAUGACCUUAUUGGCAGCGGCAUGGGUUUAGGGAUACCGGUCUGCAACGUAAGCACUCUUCCGCGAAGUUUUAGCGCUAGCCACGCCCAAUAUUCCAUGAGACCUGAAGAUGAUCGUGUGCCUGAGCUUGUGAGAGCCGCAUCAGCUAGAAAUAUGAUCAUUGGUGAUGCGCGACAUGGACCAUCGAAAUUGCGGAAAGCUAAGAGUUCGAGAAGCUGUGGUGGUCUUCAUGGGUUUGAGAAAAUUGAUGAGACAAGUCCUUUGAUUAGUUUUGGGAGUAAGCACAAGAUGCUUCAAAAGAGUAAGAGUUACGGUGUUGCCAAAUAUACUUAUUCGCUCCAAUAAUUGUUUUGUUUAUGUGUUACGGGUCAGUUUCGAUUUCCAUUUAGAAUCUUUGGUAUAUAUUAUGUGUGAUUCAGAUCGAGAGGUUGGGUCAGGGUGUCUUAUGUAAUUAAGAAUCGACCAAAUGUGAAUACUUGUCAUGCAUGGGUGUUUUAAUAUCGUUAUUAAUGCCUA